AAUUUUAAUUAAAAUAGUAAUACAACAACACUAAAACAAUGCGCAUCUUGGUGCUGCUCGGUUUAGUAACGGUGGUGGCCAGUAAUCCACUAGCGGGAGUGAGGAUUCCGCUGUCUUAUCACGAGGAAAUUGGAUUUCCUCUAGCGAAGAGAAUUAAGGAGACAGAGGACAGAAUCUUUGCUGGGAAGGAUUAUGAGACAGUGUUAAGAGAGAAUGGCAGAAUCGUCGGGGGAGAAAUUGCUCCCAUUGCUGCGCAUCCCUAUAUGGCUGGUCUUGUAAUAAUGUUCUUGGGCAUCGUCGGCCAGUCGGCUUGCGGUGCGAGCCUUAUCUCGUCCACUCGUCUAGUCACCGCAGCCCACUGUUGGUCUUACGGACAAUUACAAGGGCUACAAGUCACUGUAGUGCUGGGCUCGCACUUCUUGUUCUACGGCGGGAAUCGAAUACCGACCACAAGGGUCGUCGUGCAUCCAAACUGGGACCAAACCACUUUAAACAAUGACGUUGCUGUUAUUAUUCUUCCACAAAAUGUCACAUUCACAGGAGACAUCCAACCGAUAGCACUGCCUGGGUACCAUUUGGACGAUCAGUUUAUCGGAGAGUGGGCUACGGCUGUGGGAUACGGUCGCACUAGUGAUCAGCAAGUUGGAAUUAAUGCAAAUGCUGUGGUGAGCCAUGUGAAUUUACAAGUGAUCUCUGUGCAACAAUGUCAAGCAACUUUUGGCACGACAUUCGUUCGAGAGAGUACGAUUUGCACCAGCGGUACUGAUGGGGUGGGCGUUUGCAACGGAGAUUCUGGUGGUCCCCUUUUCAUCAAUAGAAAUGGACAGAAUAUAUUGGUUGGAAUUAGUUCCUUCGUAGCAGCAGCCGGCUGCGAGCUCGGCUUCCCGUCCGCCUUCGCUCGCGUCACCAGUUUCUACAGUUUCAUAUUGCACAACAUGUAAUCUUUUUUAUGUGUAUAUACAAAGUGAAAUCAAACUCAUUAACAUUUUAUUUAAGAACGUCUAUAACGAAGUGUGGCAACACCGUAAUUAUCUGUCAAUUUUUUAAAAUAAAAAUUAUUUAAUGUUUCUUUAUUCUAAAAAAUUGACUUCAAUUGAAGCAUUGCACUUCGUAAUUAAUCAAUUAAAAAAAUUGCAUUGAUUAUUUGAAAAGAGCUCUGCUUAUAAACUGAAACGUUAAUCAAACAAUAAUAUUCUUGAUAAGCGGUCACUGAAAUUUGAAUUUUUGAUGUCAAACACAUAUUUGAAAAAUUUCAAAGCAAAAUAUGAAGUAGGCCAAAAGAUUUUAAUAGUAGAUUUGAAUGUAAUGUAUUCUACAGUUAUCAUUUAAACUCACUAAUAGAGCACUAUUUGAAUAAUCAGUCAGAAUUUUUUAAAAUAUAAAAAUGUUUUUGAAAAUUGACAGAUACUUGCAACGUUGCCACUCUUCGGUAAGAAUAAAAAAAACGCUUUUAAGGGAUUAUUCCAUUGUUUUCUCUUCGAUUUUUAGUUUCUCAUACUAACACAGCGUGUUCAGCUAUCUAGCUAGCAUCUUUUUUUUUUAUAUUUUUCGAUGCGACAUACUUUCAAGAACCGUUUAGUU